CAACGAAUAGAGACCGAUAUAUUUGGCAAUACUUUUGCACCAGAAUUAGUCAAUACAACGAAAAGAGGGGCACCUCCCUCUCCCAUAGAGCUAUGCAUAUUGGCCUGGGUGCUAGGUCUUAUAUGGAGUGAAGUGAAACAGUUGUGGGACUUAGGGAUCGCUGACUACUUGAGCGAUAUGUGGAAUAUUCUUGACUUCAUCACAAAUUCAUUAUACGUGGCGACCAUUGCGUUAAGAGUGAUCGCGUACUUACAAAUCCAGAAGGAGAUAUCGCUGCACACGGGAACGGCUCACUUGCCGCGCGAGAAUUGGGACGCAUUCGACCCGAUCCUGUUGUCGGAGGGCCUGUUCGCCGCCGCCAACAUCUUC